GUACGAUGUUCUGUUCCGGUUCCGGUAGUGAGGCUACUUUCUCUUUGACAUUGUCUCUAGGAUUAAUUCUACUUUCUUCAUUGCCACAUGGCUUCAGACAGGGAAAGAUUUAAGAUAAGAAAUUCUCUUAUUUGCUUGCUUAAGGCAGUUGAAGGAAAAGUAACGACGGUAGAGUUAAGAAAUGAAAGUACAGUCUCGGGAUUUGUAAAACAUGUCGACGCUUAUAUGAAUGUGACAAUGACUGACGUGAGCUUCAGAAACUUCAAAGGAAAAGUCUCAAGCUUUGAUCAUUUCUUUGUUCAAGGUGUCAGCAUAAGAUUUGUACAAAUUCCAGAUGAAGUGGAUAUGAGAAAAGCUCUCGAAUAUCAUGCAAAUAUAGAUAAAAUCAGGGCAGAAGAAAUCAGAGAAGAAUUGAAGAGGGCAACCAAAUUAAAGAUGCAGAGAAAAGAAAGAAACUUCAAGAAGCUACAUGAAAAACAGAUAAAAAAUGAGAUGAAACUGAUCAAAGAACAGUGGAAAGGUGGAGGAAAAGAAAGUGUCGGUGAUAAAUUAAAGAACGAUAAUGGCUAAAUCUGAAAACUCUUCAAUUCUCAAAAGUGAAUAAAUGAAAAUGGAUCAGUAUGUCUUUAUGUCUGGCUGUCUGUCAGCAGACAAAAGAUGAAAGAACAAUUGAAUACAUGUGGUGGGUUUUGAACAUAUAUGUUUCCCACUUAUCGACAGACAUUGGCAGCCAAUAUCAUGAACACUAUAGCAAUUAAAGCAGUGAUAAAUGUCAAGAGUAUUUAAAGAAAGACAUGUGGAAUAUAGAAAUGAAAUUACUUUGAGGAAGUUUUUAUCUAUCAGUAUCUUUUAUACUGUCGUAUUGAAAUUAGUUUCAAUAUAAACCAUGCAGGUAUUGGGAGUUGUUCAUUAAAUGUGACUCUGUAGUUACUGAAAAUGCGUGUUA